CCAGGGUCUGGCACUUGUUUCAUUCCGGCUCCGGAGGGACAGAGGCAGGAAAGUCGCCUCGCCCAUUCGGCCCCUAGCACCCUGCUUAGCACCCAGCGUCCUCCCUUGUCAGCGCGCCUCCCGGAGACAUGGGGACACGGAGCCCAAGGCCUUGGGCUGUCCUAGGGGGCUGGCUGUGGCUCCUGCACGCUUGCGCAGGUCUGGGGCCCAGCACCACGGCAGGCCCAGCGGACGAGUCCCCCCCCGGAGCCGAGUUUCCCUCCACAGCAGAGAGCGGUUUGCUCCCUGCCGCAGGCCUGGCAGCCACGGAGACAGCGGGCCCGUGGGCAGAGGGAACUAGCAGGGCGGCCCAGUCUCCUCCGGCCCCGUCCGACGUGGCCGUGCUGCCCGGAGAACAUGCCCUUUCCAGCAGCCCUGCCAGUGAAGCAGGCCCCUCCUUUCCGGCAGAGGUUGAAACCACCGGUUUGGUGCCAGCACCGAGAGGGGACGAUGUAAAUUCCGACCUUGGGAUCGACGGGGAAACGGCGGCUUCCCCAGAGCCAGGAGGCAGCCGAGGGGCAGCAGCCCAGAGCCCUGCCGAAGAAGCAGACGCGUGGGCAAGCGCGACAAACACUCCAGAAGACGGGACGGUUGCCAUGACGCCCGCAGCAGAAGCGGCCGCCAUCUUGGCCUUGUUCGACGCCAGCCCCGCGGAGCCUCACCCCACCCGCGUCGGCCCUUCAGAGCUGGACGUGGCGGGUGCCGUUUCUGCCGCGCUCUCCAGCGGCACAACUUCCGCGCCUCUGCCGGCAGCUGCUGAGAGCCUGAGAGCGAUACCCGGCACCGGAGGCGGCCCAGACAACUCCACUGCCGUGUCCAGCAAAACGCCUCUUUCUCCAUCCAUUGGAGCUAGGGAGUCAAUUCCCACAGGCCUCCUGCCUCCUGCUGCCUCUGCUGGUGAGCUCCUUUUCUGAGACUGACAAGCCAGGGCAUGAUGGAGCUCACACUCCGGACCCCCCACAACCCACUCCAGAGAGCCAGA